CAGGAGCACACUGGCAGUCAUGUGACGGUCAUAUAGUACAACUCGGUGAGCGAUCAGUCCAGACGUACGCUGCUGCUCCUCCUGCUGCUGUAUGGAGAGUCUCAAGGUUAAAUCCUGCUCCGGUUACACACUGCGGAUAUAAACAAGCCCCCCCUGCGCCUUUUGCAUUGGGAAUGUAUUUGCUGUGAGAGAAGUGUAUCCUGACUGGGGACCUUGGAUUGUUUCGUUUACUUUUUCCACUCUGAGAGAGAACGCCAGGUGUUUCACUAUCCCACACGUUUGGGAAAAGUGACCUUGGUGACCUGAGUGUGUUUGGCCUGACUUUCCCAGAUGCAGAAGGAAUAAUUCUCUUAAAAAUCAUUCUAAUCACGGACACUGAAUCCGACAAGAAACUGAGGUUUGGCACUAGCCAGGAAUGGUAGAUAACUUCCCCGCGAGCAAGGAGAUUUUUCUUCCUCACAGUGGCUCUACAGCGACCUACUGGCUGUCUGACAUGGUGACAGUCCUGGGGUCCUACCAGGUCAUGCCUUCACCACUUUCGGAGGACGACCUGAGCGAAUCGUCCAGCCCUCGUUCCUGCUCCAGCCCAGACUCCCAUGUGCUCAGCUCAAGCUAUGGCAGCAACUCCAGUGCUGAGAGCCAGGAUAGCAUCCUGGACCACCUGCUGUCCCAAGCCUCUUUAGGAGGUGCCAACAGUGUCCCGGCAGGGUCUGUGACACCUAUACCUUUAUCCACUUUGCUCUGGGACUCAAGGAGAGAUGAGCCCUCCAAAUGUGAGCCCGUGAAGGAGGAACAUUUAGAUUUUCUCGACUGGUCCAAUGUGAAGACAGAAGAACAACUUGUAGGGUCCUUUCAGCCCACUCUGGAAGAAAUUGAAGAAUUCCUGGAGGAGAAUAUGGAUGUGGUGACAAUGAAGCAGGAGAUCCGAGAGGGUUGCUCAGAGUUGGGAGUGGGACUGGAGGAAGCUCUUGGUCUAGACGUUGGGCUGGAGUGGUGCAGGGAGGCAUCCUCUGAUUAUAAGGUAGAAUCAGAGACCAAGUAUUCAGACCAAACUGUCCCAACCUCCAGCAACACUGACCUGGCCACUGCUGCCUCCAGUGAGACCAAAGCUACAUUAGUUAACCUCACACAUGAAUCCAGAACUGGGACCAAGAAUACACCAGUCAAGAAACCUUCCUCAGUGGACAGUGGAAUGCCUGUCGUCCUACAGAUUCAGCCCCUUCAAAUCAAGCAGGAGCCCACAGUGGCACCUAUUGCCCCAGUAGCAGAGCCACCACAGCCUCCCCCAGCAACAGACAUCAAAGUUGCACAGUUGCUAGUCAACAUCCAAGGUCAGACAUUUGCACUGGUGCCCCACAUCAUGCAAUCACCUAACUUUAACAUCUCCUCCAAGUUUGUACGCAUUGCUCCUGUCCCAAUCGCAGCCAAGCCCCUGGGACUUGGGGAUUGCUCGGCCAGCCAGGGAUCGGGGAUUCUCGUUGGAGGACAAAAGUUCCAGAAGAAUCCCGUGGCAGAUCUGAUCAAAAUGCACAAAUGCACCUUUCCUGGCUGCACCAAGAUGUACACCAAGAGCAGCCACCUCAAGGCCCACCUGAGGAGGCACACGGGGGAAAAGCCUUUCGCCUGCAACUGGCAGGGCUGUGGAUGGAGGUUUUCACGGUCGGAUGAGCUGUCCCGACACCGGCGGUCCCACUCAGGGGUCAAACCCUACCAGUGUCCUGUAUGUGAGAAGAAGUUUGCCCGCAGCGACCACCUGUCAAAACACAUCAAAGUCCACCGUUUUCCACGAAGCAGUCGGACAGUUCGUGCAGCAAACUGAGGCCCUGCUCGCGUCACUGGGAUCUCAUGGAACCCCGGGAAAUGCUGGGAUCACUCUCAUACAGACAUAAGCCACAUGAGCAGUGUGGGAGUGAAAAGGAGUCUUGCUUUUUAUUUCAGCAGUCUGUGAUUGUUCGUAUUUAUUGUAUCCAAGCCACAAGCCCAAACAGUUGACCGUGCUGUCUGUAAUAAGCUGGAUGUUAUCGCUGUUGGUAUGUUUGUCCUGUCUUUACCUCCUGCCCCUGCAGAAGAUAAGACAUUCAGUCUGGAUUAUGUGGUAGACUUGGUAAUAGCCUUGUCUGUCCACUGUACCUGGAUAAAAACAACCGCCUUUAUCUUCCUGAAAGCUGCCAACGUCUUGCACAUUCCCCGUGUUAUGCAAUGUAAAGGAAGUGUGACUCAAGUUCACUGGGAUCCCUAUAAGUUACUAUCAGAGUCAGAAUUACUCUCUCUGGGCUUCUCAGGCCUGUGAUGGGUCUUUGUCCUACUUUUGACUCUGCUUACAUUUUUACGGUAACUUUGAAAACCUGCUGAGACUCAAGAGUGAGAAUGACACAGCAACACAAGAAAUGCAAAAAGUAAAACACAACUCAAAGGCUAAGUGCACAGUGAUUGUCAAAUCAGCCUUCUGAUCAGUGUUAAGUGUUCUUUGUUGUCCUUUUAUUAAGAUAUCAUAUGUACCUA